GUGCCUGUCUGUGCAUUCAGUCUGAGCCUCAUUUAAAUAGUAAAGGAUAAUUAGUUAGGCACGAAAUUCAAGUAGAACAAUAAUUUGAUACACGAACAGGUAACCCAAGAGUCGCUCAUUGUCCGUCUCAUUAGCAUAUACGUAUAUAUAAGUUGUCAGUGGAUGAGAGGCGCUAUCACACAGCCUUACCUCUGCUCUGGAUCACCGGGAAGAGAACUCUACGAAGCGCAGGUUGAAUAUGUCACUUACUUCCAUCCUUUCCGCUGAGGCGAUUGAGAAUGCUGUUAAAGACUGCCAAGCUCCAGACUCCUUUUGUUAUAAAAAGUUCUUCCAACUCUGUGGCCUGAGUCAGAAAAGUCCCCAAGAGGUGAAGGAUGUCUUCCGCAUCAUAGAUGACGACAACAGUGGAUUUAUUGAAGAGUCCGAGCUCAAGUUCUUUCUCCAGCGGUUUUUCCCGGGGGCACGAACUCUGACUGAAAAGGAGAUAAAGAGCCUCCUUACAGCUGCAGACGACGAUAGCGAUGGAAAGAUUGGAGCAGAAGAAUUCCAAACGAUGGUGUUAUGCUGAAAGAAUAGCCUUCGGUCACACCGAGUCUGCGGCCUAUAGCCAUGAGCGCUGCAGCUUUAUCGUUCCCUAUGCUUUUACACAGGAUUUCUUUUCAAAAUGUACAUCAGUACAUUGAUUUGUCUGUUGAUUACACGUGUCUGUUUUAUUGUCCCAAAAUCACUCCAAAUGACCAAUGGCAAAACUCUUCAGGGAAAAUAAAAUGAAGUCAUUAAAAAUGAUGAUGAUUUGGUUUAAUGACUUUUAAAUUUAGAGAGAAUUUACUCUUAAUAACAACCAAUCUAAAUUUGACACUUUGGCUAAAUGGACUUUGUGGUGUUUGAUCACGUUCUGUAUUGGACCCUUUUUACAUUUCCGGGACUGGAAAGUGGAAGUAAACUAUAGCGGGAUAAAUUUUGUAUCUUUACAUUGUAAAAAUCAACUAUUGUAGAUUCAUGACUUCCCAAAAC